CUUUAACUUGAAUUCAUCUCCAUCUACCCACACUUAUAAUUAGCAACCCCUUUUCUCAACUAUCCCAUUGUACUUUGCACACCCACUAUCACUCCCAAAAAUUAUGGGACUCUUACAGUCUACUAAGAAGUUCAGAGGUGUCAGGCAGCGCCAUUGGGGUGCUUGGGUUGCCGAGAUUCGUCAUCCUCUAUUGAAAAGAAGAAUAUGGUUGGGGACCUUCAAGUCCGCCGAGGAGGCGGCUAGAACCUACGAUGAAGCGGCCGUCCUAAUGAGUGGCCGGAAAGCUAAGACAAAUUUUCCUGUCACUACCAAAAUUAGCGGCUCAAGCAAUGAGGUAACAUCAAGACCAUCAAAAGAACCAUUAUCAAAAUCAUAUCCAAAUUCUGUUUCCUCCCUCCUUAACUCGAAGCUUCGAAAGUCAUAUCAAAAGUUGUGUCCUUCCCUCACUUGUCUAAGGCUAGACACUGAGAACUCCAACAUCGGAGUAUGGCAAAAGCGGUCCAUUGGAGGGCAAUCGAACUCGAGUUGGGUCAUGACCGUAAAAUUUGAUGCAAAAAAUAAUGUUGAAGCACAAGAAACUAAGGGUGGAAUUAGUGAAGAAGAGAAAGUUGCGUUACAAAUGAUAGAGGAGCUUCUAAAUAAAUACUAAUAUAUAGUACGAAGUAUAUAUAUAUUAUGUUUGUUAUACUACGUAUAUUUUAGCUUUAGUUAGACAAAAGUACGGUACGGUAUAGGUAUAUAGUACAUAAAAUACUUGGGUAAUUAUUAGGAAUAUAUUAUGUGAUUAGGAUUAAGGAAGUCGUGUUACUCUAGGAAUCCUAUACUAAUACGCUUCCUAAUUACAUAAUAGUAGUAGUAUAUUCUUAAUAAUUAUAAAGUAUUGAUUGGCUGUUAUUGCAAGUUAGAAAAGCUAGCUAGUGUAUGUAUUUUAGUAAUUGCAACUUUGUCAUUUUCUACAUGAUGGCAAACUUAUGGGAUAUAUAUGUAUGUGGGAAUAAUAAAUUACACUCAUUAAGGAGUAGAAUUUUGUAAGCAAA